CGAGGCAUCCCUCAGCAGGCUGCACUGCUGUCUCCCAGACUGCCUUGGGUAAGUUGGCUUUGCCUCCCUCCAGGGGUGCUGGACCCACCUGUGCAGCCCAGCUGGAGCAAACCUGGGGUGCCCUCCCUGGCCACGCUGUUCUCUCUGUUGUGCUCAGGCAGUGGCUGCAUCAGGGACAUGGGAGUGCUCAAUACCCGCCUGUGAGGCAGAAGGAAAAUUUAUGUUCUAAACAACAAUGCCAGCCAAAAAUUGCCAACCUCCUGCUCCGUGUUUUCUACAGGAUUCUCUUGGAACCAGAGGUAAAUGUCUUUUAAGUAUCAGCACCUAACUAUGGACUCAUGAUUGAUUGGACUGUAUGUGUUUUUUUAGAUCCCUAAAAUAGACUUUUGGGGUUGGAGCUGCCUGGUGUGGUACAAAAUGAGACAGUGAAAGCUGCACCAUUGGCAUCACUGGCAGGAGAGGCUGGAGCUGCACUGUGGGAAGUCGCUGAGCUGCGGCAGCUGCUGUGUCGGUCUCUGGGUGCAGUAGGAGAGGCUGCUCCAGGGCUGAAGGUGACUGCGUGUGAGCAGGGAACGAGCCGCCAGCUCUGCCCUCCUGCAGCCCCCGGGCAUCUCCCAGGGCAUGGGGUGGGGAGCAGUGCCCUCUCCCUCCGCACGCCUCCAUCCGCCCCGGGCAGUUUCCCAGCGGAUCCCUGUGAGGUGGAAGUGUUAUUUGCAGCUCCCUCGGCGCACAUCGAGCAGCCCCACCCUCCCACUGCCCCCUGAGCUGCUCAGCCACACAGCUCCUGCCUCCGCCUUGACUCAUUAAUGAUUAAAUCCUGCUCGCACUCGGCGGGACGGCAGCGGGGCUGCACCCCUGGAUCCUGGAGCCCGGCGGGGAGGCAGCACCCACAGCCCUGGCGAUGGCUGUGAAUGAGACCAGUGACUCCUUGUUGACAAAUAGAGUCCUAGAAAAGUAUUAUCUCUCCACCAUGUAUACCCUUGAGUUCAUUUUAGGCUUCAUUGGAAACACCAUUGCGGUGUUUGGCUAUAUCUUCUGCCUGAAAAAAUGGAAAAGUGGCAACAUCUACCUGUUCAAUUUAUCCCUAUCAGAUUUGUUAUUUCUCUGCACUCUGCCAGCAUUGGUGAACAGCUACUCCCACGAUCAGUGGGCAAAGCAGGACAUCCUGUGCCACAGCAACAGAUUCCUGCUGCAUGCCAACCUGUACAGCAGCAUCCUCUUCCUCACUGCUGUCAGCGUUGACCGGUACAUGCUCAUAAAACACCCCUUCAGGGACCACGUCCUUCAGCAGAGGAGAACAGCUGUCCUGGUGUCCGUUGCCAUCUGGGUCGGGGUGAUCCUGGAGCUGCUGCCGCUGGUGCACUUCCUGGAGCCUCUGACACCUGCCAAUAAUUACAAGUGUCUUGAUUAUGCGAGCUCUGGAGACCCCGCAGAAAACCUCAUCUAUAGCAUGUUCCUGACUGUCUUUGGGUUCCUCAUCCCUCUCUUGAUCAUGUGCUGCUUCUACGUGAAGAUGGUUCGUUUUCUUAAAAACAGGAGUGAGCAACUCAGCUCUCCCCUGACCCUCAAGAAGCCUCUCACCCUCGUGGUCCUCACCGUGGCGAUCUUCUCCCUGCUCUUCACUCCCUACCACGUCAUGCGCAACGUCCGCCUCGCUUCCCGAAUCCCGGCCCUGAACGUCCCCGAGUGCACGCAGGGCAUCAUCAGCACCAUUUACGUCAUCACGAGACCCAUUGCCUUUCUAAAUAGUGCCAUUAAUCCUGUUUUCUAUUUCCUCAUGGGUGACCACUUCAGAGAGAUGCUGAUGGCCAAAACAGGGCAGCUCUUGCGCAGGCUGACGGUCACCAGGAAGUGAGUGAGGAAGCAGAGCCCCUGGUAGUGGGAGACGGCAGGGAGGGAACUCCCUAGGGAGAACAAUCAGUCAUGUGCCAUUUUUUUUUUAGAUAACCUUAUUUAUGCUAUAGAAUAAGUGUGAGCUGAUUGUGUUCCUGGAAAUGCACCUGUUACCUUAUUGUACAGGAGACCUGCUGCUGAGCUGCCUCCAGCAGACCAGGAGAGGUGCUCACUCCCAGCAGUACAGGAGGACCCUGCUCUCGGAGCACGAUACCCCCCAGCACAUCAAUAUUGUAAACAAAAGACCAUCAAGUCAGCUCUUGGAGGGACAAACACACUGCUCUCAAAUAACUGCUUUGUGAGCCAUGAUGUGAUGCUGGGCUGGAACAGGGAUGGGCUAAAACGAAUGUGUCUUUGUACUCAGCAGGACAGCCAGGCAAGCUCACAGGGCCAUUCUCACAGUCACUUAGCAGAGUAUGGAGCUACCUAACUUUAAUGUAGUUGUCUAUAAGUGCCAGCAGAAUGUAUGGCCUGAGGCAGAAUUUGGACCUUAGAGUUCAGACUUCAUUAGCGGUUCUGCUAAUAAACCAGGAGCUAACAAGGAGCCAGUCCCUGCCUGACAUCCCUGUGGGAUCGAUCAGCAGCACAGCUUAUUCUCCAAUGGACUGUCCCACGUUCAGAUGGAAAGGGGGAAGAGAUCAAUGGAAUAAUGACCCUGUAGGAGUUUGGGCUGGAGGAGCAGCUGCCUGGAGGGAGUGGGGACAGGGUGCAGGAAGGGUGUAGGCAGCCCCCUUCCCUGCCUGCAUCCCUGCAGGAGAUGAGGAGCCCCCAGCCCUGCCUGGGGACUCGCUGCUCCACAGCACAGGGAACAGGACACCCGCUGGGUCCCAUCCAGGUCACCCUGGGUUCAGCUCUCUCUGAUGUGUCGAUUAUCUCCAACUGCUUCACUGUGCCAGAGACAGCAGCCCCAGAUAAUAAACCCUGCAUCCUGCU